GUUUUCCAUCUCAUAAAAACAUUCUCUUUUGUUAAUUGUUUAUUGCAUUAGUAACACUCAAUUACUUGCAUUUGCAUUUCAUAACUUGUGUUGCAUCAUUAUAUAUUUAAGACAUGGUUCUUAGUUUUAAGCACCAAUUUAGUCUUGUUUGUGUCAUACUGUUAUUUCCAGCGCUAUGUAACUGCAAAGAAUAUUAUACCAAAUCCAGAGCUUCCUAUUAUGGCACAUCUGAUGGUUAUGGAAAUUCAAGGGGAGCCUGUGGUUUUGGAGACUAUGGAAAAACAGUGAAUGAUGGCAGUGUCACAGCUGUGUCUGCAAAGCUGUGGAAGAAUGGAGAAGGCUGUGGUGCAUGCUAUCAAGUGAGGUGCAAAAUACCACAAUUCUGUGAUGACAAUGGAGCAUAUGUUGUGGUAACUGAUUAUGGUGAGGGAGAUAGAACUGAUUUCAUAACGAGUCCACGCGCCUUCUCAAAUUUAGGACGUGACGCAAUUGCAUCUGAAAAAUUGAAGAAAUAUGGAGUAUUGGAUGUUGAAUACAAAAGAGUUCCAUGUACAUUUAAAGGCAACAAUAUAGUAUACAAAAUCAAUGAAAAUAGUAAUAAUCCUGGCUACUUUGCUAUUAAUAUUCUUUAUGUUGGAGGAACUUAUGAUGUCACUACUGUUGAAAUAUGGCAGAGAGAACAACACCAAUGGGUGGCGAUGCGUAGAUCUUAUGGGGCAGUAUUUGACUUUGCUAACCCACCAGAAGGUGAAAUCAGAUUGAGAUUCCAAUUGAGUAGAAAUAUUGAAGCUCAUCAUCAUGUAGUAUCAAGAUUUGCAAUUCCUGCAGCUUGGAAGGCUGGUGCUACAUAUUCCACCAAGAUUUAAUUUGGUAUAUAUCAUGUAACUUGAUUCCAUAUGAAACUUACUUCAUUGUAAUGGAGUAUCAAUGAUCAAUGAAAUAAAUGUAGUACACUACACUAGUACUCUAUUAUUAA